AUGGCAGACGGCUGUCCGCGCGAUGGCCGGCACCACCCCUACCCCGAGGCAACCGCCUCCUUCACUGCGACACUCGCACGCAUCCGCACCACGCUCUCUCGCACCUCGCCCAACGAGCAACUCCUGCGCGACGACGCAUGGCCGACCAUACUGAAGCGCAUCCACAGUGCGCUGGACUCAGGCAAACCCAUCACGGGCGCGGGCCCUCACCGCGGCCUCCCCAUGGACGUGGUGGUGCAGACGCUCAAGGCGAGCUGGCAUGUAGACGGCACGUGGCCCGUGGGGCCGAAUGCUAUACAGCUGCUGGAAGAGCAGAGUAUGGAACGCACUAGAGCGGAGAAGGGUCCGGAGGCGAAACAGGAUCCGAGCCCGGACGACAUUGCCAAGGCCUACAGACGACGCGGAGUGCACGUCGACGAACCGCAGCAGGUCCCCGAUGACGAUUGGUAA